AUGGAGUUCACCGUCACCCUUCUGCUCUACGCGAUCUUCCAGUUCAUCGCGUUCCUCUUUGUGCUCGUGGCCACGCCCCUAGACAUGUUUCGCGUGAAGGAGUUGGGUAGAUUUGGCAGCACGCCUUGCCUGACACUGUGGGGCGGGAAGGAGAACUGCAACGACUUAAAGAGCGACACCAGCUAUCACGAAUUGUGGUCCUUCUGCCUCGAGCGCUUUUCUAGGUUUCGCUUGGCUCAGGUGUUCGCUGUCAUCUCCAUCUUCGUGUACGGCUCGGCGGCCCUCCUCGGUUUCAUUGUGGUGUUCUGCUGCAUUUGCCUCCGCUGGGUCUGCCUGGCACUCAACAUCACUGGAGCUGUCACGGUGUGCGUCGUGUGGGUGCUCAUGGUGUUUGACUACUACAACGCCGAGGGCCUUUGCCCGGCCAUCAACACCCGCUUUAACUUCGCCUCCGGCUUCGCGCUGUUGUUGGCGGCCUGGUGCCUGGACAUCAUCAACAUAGUGUUUUUGCUGAUCCCGUGCCAGCCCAUGGACCCGAGUAAGGAAAACACGCAGUGGUAG